AUGGGUGCUAAUCGCAAGUUACAGGAACUUAAAAAAUUAUUUUUAUCAGACACGUUAGAUUCCGAAAUCCAAAAAUUAACGGCAGAACUUGGAAUACGUUGGCAUUUCAUCCCUCCAAGAUCCCCUCAUUUUGGCGGUAUAUGGGAAGCGGCCAUUAAAUCAGUAAAAACUCACUUAAAUAAACUAUUGGGAAACGCUAUUCUAACCUACAAGGAACUAAACACUGUGCUUGCUCAAAUAGAAGCGUGCUUAAAUUCACGCCUGUUGACUCCUUUAUCAUCUGAUCCAUCUGAUCUUUCUGUACUUACUCCCGGUCAUUUUCUGAUGGGAAGCUCUUUAGUCUCUUUGCCAGAACCUGAUUUCACGACAACACCUCUCAAUAGAUUAACGAGGUGGAGAAGAGUGAGUCAUUUAUUUCAAGAAUUACAAAGCCAAAUAUUUCCUUGA